ACAGGCAACAAAAGGUAGCAAUGAAAAACCAAACUUUGACUGAAUUCAUCUUGCUGGGACUAACAGACAUCCCGGAGCUUCAAGUUAUUAUUUUCAUAUUUCUCUUCUUUGCCUAUGUGCUCAGCAUCUUAGGUAAUCUGAUGAUCAUCACUCUCACGCUACUGGACUCUCACCUCCACACCCCCAUGUACUUCUUCCUCCGGAACUUCUCCUUCUUAGAAAUUUCCUUUACCACCACUUUCACUCCGAGGCUGCUGCUCAGCAUCUCUACCGGGAAUAAAACUAUCACCUUUGCUGGAUGCUUCACUCAGUACUUCUUUGCCAUAUUUUUCGGGGCCACAGAGUUUUAUCUCCUGGCUGCCAUGUCCUACGACCGUUAUGUGGCCAUCUGCAAACCCCUGCAUUACACUACCAUCAUGAGCAACAGGGUCUGUGUCCAGCUGGUUCUCUGCUCCUGGCUGGGUGGAUUCCUAAUUAUCUUACCCCCCAUCAUUCUAACCAGUCAUCUGGAUUUCUGUGCCUCCAAUGUCCUGAAUCAUUAUUUAUGUGACUAUGGACCCCUUAUAGAAAUAUCCUGCUCUGACACAAGUGUGCUGGAACUGGUUGACUUCAUCUUAGCAGUUGUGACCUUGGUGGUCACGCUGGUGCUGGUGAUUCUCUCCUACACAAACAUCAUCAGGACCAUUCUGAACAUCCCUUCUGCUCAGCAGAGGAACAAGGCCUUUUCCACCUGUUCUUCUCACAUGAUUGUCAUCUCUCUCUCUUAUGGAAGCUGCAUCUUCAUGUACAUAAAACCUUCAGCCAAAGAAGGAGUUGCCUUCAACAAGGGAGUCGCUGUGCUCAAUACCUCAGUUGCCCCUUUACUGAACCCGUUCAUUUACACUCUAAGGAAUAAACAAGUAAAACAAGCCUUCAAGGAUGUGGCCAGAAAAAUACUGUAUCUUUAUUCAGUUUAACAGACUCAGAAUAAAUGGAAAUAUUAAAUGAUAGUCACUAAGUUCUCCAACUAAUAACUUGACCUUCUGUUCUCUCCUUUUGUUAAAGUAAUUUCUCAAUCAGUGUUUCUUAAAGUGUUCUAACUGUGAGAACAUAUCAAAAUUUCAUUUCAUAUUUGCUGGCAAGAGAAAUUUAUGUAAAAGCCAAUCCAAUAGGUUUUUCUGGUAAAAUAUGU